AUGUCACUUGGAGGUUUGGGAGUUGGAGAUAUCAUCACUUUGACGACUUUAGCAUGGAAUGCUUUUCAAAACUCAAGAAAAGCAAGUUCUGCUCAUCAUGAGAUCUCUCAAGAAUUAGAAAGCCUAUACAUGAUUCUGCACAAUUUGGAAAAGGAAGCCCAUCUUCCAAAUACACUUCUAAGCGAUAAAAACAACCGAGCGUGGAAAGAUCUGAAAACUGUUCUCUCUGGAUGCGAUGAUAUGCUGGAAGGAAUCGACGAAUCUUUGUCCAAAUACAAUGGAUUGUCAAAAGAAACAACUUCGGGAUCCAAAAAGUUCAUGAUGAAAGUUAAAUAUGGCAAUGGCGACAUGAAGGACAUCCCGGAAACCAGACAGAAGAUAACAUCAUACACAUCGAGUAUCACAGCACUUCUCAAUGUGCUUUCAGUAAGCUCUCUUGGAGAUGUUCGGAAUGACACAAAAGAUAUUCUAAAAGAACUUCGAGCUUAUGCAGCCUUACACCCGCAAGAGCAUGUUAGGGACGACAAAUCAGCGUUGACGAGUUACGGCGAUGACGACAAAGCCAUUUGGAAAGAAUUUCGAAGGAAGGCUAUCAAAAAUGGUUACUCGAGUGGUACUUUGGAUAAAAAUAUGCCAGCACUUUUAGCUUUCAUGGAAAAAUCGGACCGGAAAAAUGCUACGAAAGUGCGUAAGCCUCAUGAAGAUAGGAAUUUGGUUUCUACGGGUCAGGCAAGAAGAAAAGCCUCCAAAAAUACGGCGUAUGAUGGCAAAUAUACUCGUUUCUCUACAGGGUCUAGCGAUUCGGAUUCGGAGCAGAGUCUUAAACAGUCCAGCCCUCCAAUCAAAGAGCGUGGCAGACGUACUGCUACCAGCUCACCAAAACCCCAGAUUCACGACAAUAUUAUUAAUUACGGAUACCACCCAUCUCGUUCGAGAACUCCUAGGUCCCCCAGACCAGCACCAACUUCUAGUGAUAACGAUAGCACCCUUACUGUCGCUAACGGAAGAUUUGGCGUAGAAUCCAACUUCAACUCCGGAUUUCGCGAUGUUGGUGGCUGGCUAUCCGAUUGUCAGCAAAAGACCCAACCGAGCUCACUUCCAGCCUCCAAAAAAACUACUCACAAAAUGAAAGAAUGGGAGGAAUUCUCAAGAGUAAAUGAAGCUAGAAAGAUUAAAUCAAGUGCUGAAUCAAAACGCCGAAAUAUGCAACGAGAAGAGAGUUCGAGUCCGCCUCAGUGUUCACGUCAUGAAAGUUACGAUCAUCCGGACCACGCUAAGCACGAAUCACGGGGGAAGAGUAGUCACAAGGGAACUGCUAUUGAUCAUGAUAGCUCCCCAUAUAAUCCUUACAAAGGUAAAGACUCGGAAUAUGGGAGUUCGGAUAAAGAUACAACAGAUACAGAUUUGGAUACAAGUUUAGAUGAUUCAGAAGAUGACUCGGAUGAUUCUUCGGACUACGAUUCUGAUGACGAACGAAGAUUUUCAAUUAUUUUCAAGCCAUUUAAGAAGUGCAAAGAGAAUGUUUCCCGUAGGGUGAGACGUCGAAAAUGGGAGAAGUACGGUGCACGUGAUGCUUUUGGGAUGGGUAUGAUUUAG